CUAUAUAACAAAUAAUUUGAGUUCAGUAUGAUUGGCUGCAGUUUGGUGAUGGGGAGCAGGGGUAAUGAUUGAGUUCACAAUGAUGAGACAUGCAGACCGUGACAUAGAAUAUCGCAUUACUGAAGUUGAGAAGUCGGCGAGUAUCGAUGAAGAGAAGGUAAAGCAGGAAUUGUACGAUGCUCUCCGUGACAAAAAGAAAGUUAUAGAAGACCUUAGGGAGCAACUUGCCUUCAGAAACUCUGCUUUGGAACAUGAGAUCACACAAAGACAGUUGUUGGAGGAUGACAGGAGAAACCUUGUCCUAAGAUUGGAGGAAGCGAUCUGCACUGGUCCGAGUGUAAUCCUGAGCUCGGAAGAAACCCAGACACCUCGCGUCUCUCAGUGUGGAGUGGGAGUUCAGACGUUACCAGGGAAACGGGCCAUUACCCGUACUACUCACACCCAGACUUGGGACUCACCCCAGAUCCAUACAGGAAACAAAGGAAAUACUGGUGAUCACCUCACCUCGCAAGUUAAGAAGUUACAAGAUCAGUUAGGAGAGAUGAGAAAACAGCAGACAUUAAUUGAAAAGAGUUACGAGAAACGGUUAACCGACCUCAGAGUACAACACGCUCGAACGAACGACUCCUUGAGCAAAACUCAUUUUUCUCAAGAGCAGUUGCUUGGGAACACUGUUCUGCAGCUCCAGGAAGAAAACAUCCAGUUACGAGAGCAGGUGUCUUUAGCCAACAAUCGUACAAUGAUUAUAUCAAGCGACGACAGCGACGAUUUUAAUCAAUCCGGUUUCUGCUGCGCACCAGGAGUAAGGAAAAAGAAAAAGAAAAAGAAGAAAAAAGGUAAAUCAGACGAUAUUCCGAACCCUUACGGUCUUCAUUCGAGCGAGAAACAGGCCGCUUUCUGGAACGGCAAUAAUGGCAACCCCACUGGAUCAGAGAUAUGAACAUUUUAUUUCUGUGCCUUUUUAUGCCUACAAAGUACAAUGUACAUUGUGAAAGAGUGAGUGGUUCCCUGUGGACAAGUGUUAUAGUAGUGGGUUUAUGUCAGAGCUCGAUAAGAUUAAGUAAAUUCCUGUUUCCCUGUGCACCACCUUGUGGAAUUCAGGUGUUACAUGAAAGUGUUUCAGUGGUGACAGUUCUUAACCAAUCAAGUUGCAAACCAGGCACCAUGACCAGCCGCAAAAUAAAUUUGGUUCGUUCUACCUUACCUCAACCGUCUUAUUAUACUGUUGAACUUAUUCAGAUUUUUAUUCCUUUUUGCUCGAAUAUUGCCCGUCGGACUAAAGUUAGAGCUAUUAUGCAACCAUUGAGUGGAGUAGAUAGUUGGAUCACUGUAACUUUUCAUGUUCAGGAAUUUUUAAGGCUAUUAUCGAACUGCCAUUUCUCUUUAGAUGUACAGUGAAUGUUUAUAUGAUUGCUACUCUUGUUUUAACUUUAAUGUUUGUUUGCAUUUUAGUUUGUCUUGCUGAACUGUGUCUGAGAUUCCAAAUACACAUUCUUUUAUAUGACCCACUUAGGCUGUAAUAUGUGUAUUUUUAACGUCAAAGUGAUUUCAUUAAGUCGGAUACACAGAGUUACUUUUUAUUGUUAUUAUCGAUAUCGAAACGUGUGCUAGCUCAUGAUUUAAUAAUAGGGCCGUUUCAUGUAUAUGAUAUUAUUUUGUUGGGUAAAAUUUACUUAAAAGCCUGUCGUGGCAUAUUUAUUCGAUAGGUUCAUGUGAAUCUUUGGACAGAUGUAUUUAAAUCAAAUUGAAAUAAUUUUAUCAGAAUAUAUUAUAUAUAUAGGAAUAUUAUCAGAACAUUAUAAUAUAUUAUCUUAGAAUCGCAUUAAAAUCGUAGUAUGAACAUUAUUUCAAUUCAACCGCAAUGGUCGUAUUUCAAUACAAUAUGAUCUAAAAAGCUUAACUUUAAAGUUUAAAUGCGCAUUUUUAUUACACAUUAACUUUCAAUACAUGAUACAUUUUGAUCAUGUUUUUACAACUAUUAUGAAAUGAAAUGAAAUGAAAUGAAAUGAGGUAUUUAUAUCCCGCUCAUAUGAUUAACCAACAACACAAGGAAGGUGGUUAACCAUGUCAGAGCGGCUGACUGUGAGUGAUGUGAGCAAAUGUGUAAAAAUGAACAAGAUUAUAACGUAAUAUUAAUAUAAGACCAAGACAAAAUUAAAACAUCUUUUAUUUUAAACCACACUAAACUAAAAAGAAGCAGAGACCAUACAAUACAUGUAGGUAUAAUAAAGGUUAGUACAGUGACAAAGAAAGGUAGAGAACUUAGACAUAAAAUGGAGUGCGGUAAGAGAUAAAAGCCAAGGUGUCUUGCAAAAUGAAGACAAAUGGAACGAAAAAACAUCAAAACUGAUUAUAUAAAUGGUUCUUUAACAUUCGCUUGAAGCAGUUGGUAUCAGUAAUACAUCUCAACAUCAGUGGAAGAGAGUUCCAUGCAAUCGGUGCAUGGCUUGAGAAACGUCUGUCAUCAACUUUGGACUUUUUAUUCUUUGGUACCUUGAG